AUGUUGGGUUGGAGUGAACGUCCCUUUUCAAGCAAAAACAAUGGUUAUGAUUUGAAUGGAUCUAUUCCUUUGAGGGGUGUGCACGUUUCGGUUUAUGACAAGAACCCAGAGGAGCAUGUCUGCCCUACUGUGGUACCAGAUGAUGUAAUCGCAUCCCAAUCUGACAAAUAUUGGGCUCCUAACCCGCAGACUGGCGUGUUUGGUCCAGAAACUGAUCACAACCCAACUGCAGGCUCCCCCUCAACUGCAAGUGUUGGUGAAGAUUCAGUUCUGGAACAGAAGGCCUUUUUCCGCCCUCUUGAGGAUUUGGAUAAACCGCCCCAUCCUUAG